AUGCAUAAGAAGACCAGGUGGUUAAAUUUCAGUAUCGAUGAGUUGGACGACCAGGAUGCAGUAAUCUCAGACGAGCUCAACCAUGCUUCCAUAAUUGAUGGUGUACGCCUAUGCAAAGCGAAACGUUAUCGUUACAGGCAUGUCGAUCUGGGUGAUCUGGAACGUAUUCUGAAGGAAACACAAAGUAGCAGACGACGUGUGAUCGCUACGGAUGGAGUUUUUAGUAUGGAUGGCGAUGUGGCUCCGCUGAAGGAAAUUUGCGAUUUAGCAGACAAAUACAAAGCAAUCGUUUUCGUUGAUGAAUGCCAUGCCACAGAAGCAGUUCAAAAAAAGUUAUCCACCAAAGCAACAACUGGAGUCCUGUUAUCAUUUGAUGUCGUAGGCUUUUUUGGGCCAACUGGUCGGGGUACGGAAGAACAGCUUGGCGUCCAGGGACGAGUCGAUGUUAUCAACUCGACACUCGGAAAAGCUCUCGGAGGAGCAAUGGGUGGUUAUUCGACCGGGCCCAAGGCACUAAUCGACCUCUUGCGACAGCGAUCCCGACCGUACCUUUUUUCAAAUUCGCUGGCUCCGUCGAUUGUGCUCGAUUUACUGAUGGGCUCCUCUGCAUUCACGCGCUCUCUGAAAUCGAAUAUUAGCCACUUCCGGAAGUCACUUGCAGGUGCAGGAUUCAAACUGUUGGGGAAUCCUGACCACCCAAUUUGUCCGGUGUUUCUCGGUGAUGCAAGGUUGGCGAGUACGUUUGCGGACGAAAUGCUGGAGGAAGGUAUAUACGUGAUUGGAUUCAGUUACCCUGUCGUGCCGAAAGGAAAAGCAAGGAUUCGUGUGCAG